AUGACCGGCCUGCUAUCGGGAUGGCAUCCGAUCGUCUCCUUCCCCAAGUACAACGGACGCUAUGAAGUGGGGACCGUCGAUGUCGAGAUUCCGGCCUCAGACCUGCCUUCGCCCUCACACGCUCCCGACGGCGCCGCACCCACCAUUGCCUUCCGCAUCUUCUACCCAUGCGCACCGCAGGCACCCGGUGAGCAGGACAGACCGGUCCGAUGGAUUCCGCAACCUCAGCGAGCCACCAUUCGCGCCUUUGCCAACUUUCUCGGCGUCAAGUCGCCGAGGGUCGCAAACUUGAUCUCCUUCAUGCCGCAACAGCUGUACUGGAUCACACUUCCCGCGAGACGCAAUGCGAAGCUUUUGGAUCCUCCCACGACCAAUGGGAGAUGGCCCGUGACCUUCUUCAGUCACGGGCUCGCCGGAUCGCGCAAUGCGUAUUCCUUCAUCUGCGGCGACCUGGCCAGUCAGGGGAUGAUUGUCAUUGCCCUCGACCACCGCGAUGGCAGCAGUCCGAUUCAAUACGUGCGCGCCACCAACCACACCGACGCUCACAUCGUCAACCCCACCAAGAUCAGCCAUGAGCCAUGUCAAGACGUGUAUGAGGCAAGAGACGAGCAGCUGCGGAUAAGACUGUGGGAGAUCAGCAUGGCAUACGAAGCGCUCAUGAAGAUAGACGCUGGUCAGGCGAUAGAGAACCUGGACAUCAACUCGAGUACGAAGCGGAAGGAACGGGUCGAGGUCUUGUGGCAAUUCGAUGGCAUGCUGGACAUCCAUCGCGCUGGCAAGGUAACAUGGGCUGGACAUUCAUUCGGCGCGUGUACCGUGGUGCAAUUGCUCAAGAGCAUCUACUAUCACCAGGAUCGACCGGCCGAAGCCGGCAAACCACUCAUCGUCCCCAACUCGGAUGCCGCCGUUGUCUCCCAGAUCAUGCCCGAGUCUCCGAUGCUUCUGCUGGAUAUGUGGUGUCUGCCGUUGCGAUCACCCGACCAGGCAUGGCUCUGGGACCGACCACUCCCAUCAUACGCCGUGGGUGGGCCAGCCGGCUCGAACAUCUGCUCUGUCCUGUCGGAAGCCUUCUACAACUGGGAAGACAAUCUGAACAUCAACAAGCACAUUGUGGCGCCACCGACACUUUCGCGACGCCCGUCGACCGCUCCCCGAUUGAUGCGCGACAGAGGCAGGCUACUCCCCAGCUGGGCCAGACUACGAGACGAGUCCCCGUCAAAGGAUUCCGGAUAUGCUUCGGAAUUGUCACGAUCACCCAUGCGAAGCAUCACACGACAACGCAGCCGAGCUAGUGGAUUGACUACGCCGUCCUUGGCUACCUCUGCGAAGAGCAAGCUUUCUGGUGCCAAGACAAGCCCAGCGGAAGGGAAGCCGCCAGCUCGUAAAGAAAGUCCGCACAUGUUCUAUGUCAAGCAGAGCCAACACUUCAACCAAUCCGAUUUCGGUCUGCUAUUCCCGUGGAUCGCCAAGCGCGUGACCAAAGCAGAGGAGCCCCAGAGAAUCAUGGAGCUGAACAAUCGAGCGAUGGCACAAGUGCUCCGAGAGUCUGGCAUUGAGAUCGCGGGUGAAGACGACAGUGAGAUUCUCCACAAGAGUGACGACAUUCGCAGGUGGAUGCAUAUUGCGGUGGAGGACGAGGAAUCCGAGGCGACGAACCCUCAGGCAAUGGCAGCAAUCAACCGCAAGUUGUCCAUUGUCUCCACCACCACCACCGGACGUUCCAUCGCACCGCCGAGAGAUGGCAUGACCAUGGGUCAGAAGAUGGAGGCGCAGCUGCUUGAUCGCUCACCCAGCUUCCGAAGCAGUCCCAGCAUUCGGGGCAGGGAGACACCCCGCGACACGCCCAAUCUGAGGGGGAAGGAGAAGAGAGACAUUGAACCACUUUGCAUUUAG